GCUCUGCAGAAGAAGAUGGCGCCGCGAAGAGAGAUGGUCUCUGUGCUGCCUCGGCUCCAGCUGUUGGUGCUGCCGCUGCUGCUCGUGUCCCAGCUCAUCUCCGGCCAUGGCGGCAAGUACUCCCGGGAGAAGAACGAGCCCGAGAUGGCCGCCAAGCGCCAGCCCGGGGAGGAGUUCCGCAUGGAGAAGCUGAACCAGCUAUGGGAGAAGGCCCAGCGGCUUCAUCUGUCUCCCGUGAAGUUGGCCGAGCUCCACUCUGACCUGAAGAUACAAGAGAGGGAUGAACUCAACUGGAAGAAACUGAAGGUGGAAGGCUUGGACAAGGAUGGGGAGAAAGAAGCAAAGCUGGUCCACAACCUCAAUGUCAUCUUGGCCAGGUACGGACUGGAUGGGAGGAAGGACACCCAGAUGGUGGACAGCAACUCACUCAACGAAGACACCGAGGAUGAGCUGGGGGACCCCAGGCUGGAAAAGCUGUGGCACAAGGCAAAGGCAUCAGGGAAAUUCUCCGGUGAAGAACUGGACAAGCUGUGGCGGGAGUUUCUGCACCACAAGGAGAAGGUCCACGAGUACAAUGUGCUGCUAGACACACUGAGCAGAGCUGAAGAAGGUUACGAGAACCUUCUCAGUCCCUCUGACAUGAACCACAUCAAGAGCGAUGCCCUGAGCAGCAAGCACAGUGAGCUCAAGGACAGACUGAGGAGUAUAAACCAGGGUCUAGACCGCCUGCGGAAGGUCAGCCACCAGGGCUACAGCCCCACCACCACCGAGUUUGAAGAGCCCCGAGUGCUAGAUCUGUGGGACCUGGCCCAGACUGCCAACUUCACCGAGAAGGAACUGGAGUCAUUCCGGGAGGAGCUCAAGCACUUUGAGGCCAAAAUCGAAAAGCAUAACCACUACCAGAAGCAGCUGGAAAUUUCCCACCAGAAGCUGAAGCACGUGGAGAGCAUCGGGGACCCCGAGCACAUCAGCCGCAACAAGGAGAAGUAUGUGCUGCUGGAGGAGAAGACCAAGGAGCUGGGCUACAAGGUGAAGAAACAUCUGCAGGACCUGUCCAGCAGGGUCUCAAGAGCGCAGCACAAUGAGCUCUGAGGACCAGGAGUCACCAGCAGCAGCAGUCCAGAGAGGCUCUUGAGGACCCCGGGAGCUGUCAGCAUGUCACCUGCAUGCAUAGACCUGUGGUAACCAGUGUGGCUGACCACAGUGAUGUGGCAAGGAGGAUCUGUGGACACACUGGUAUGAUCCUGCUGUGUGUGGUCGGCAAGGACUUCUUUUCUCCCAAGCAAGUGUGGCUGCCCCCACCCUGGUUGAGGGCCUUGGGUACAGCUGCCAGUGAGAUGUGACUGUUCUCCAUGCUGCAGCAACACAGUUUACAUUGGAAUCGCCUAACUCUGUCACUGGAAAUGUUAUGUCCCAAGUCUUUAAAUACACGGUGGGGUUUUGAGCCGUCCAGUCCUUGCCUGGUA